AAGAAAAAAAGGCUUGAGUUUGACUGGCGUUGGCUCUGGCUUUUCUGCAUUCCAAACUGUCUGAGGCACAGAGUGAGAGCAAAAAAGAGAGAGCGUGAGCGCCAGCCAGAGCGAGCUCGGGCGAGGACGGUAUAUGAGUGUUUUGAGUUUCUGACUGGCAUGCCGGAAGGAUCAUGUUAGCAACACCCAGAAACUUCGCAGAAUGCAGACCCCAGAGGUGCCGGCAGAAAGGUCCCCCCGCAGACGGAGUAUCUCAGGGACCAGUACAUCAGAGAAACCCAACUCCAUGGACACUGUAAAUACCUCACCCUUCAAAGUACCAGGGUUCUUCAGCAAGCGCCUGAAAGGCUCCAUCAAGAGGACCAAAAGCCAGUCAAAGCUUGACAGAAACACUAGCUUUCGGCUUCCAUCCCUUCGUAAUGCAGAUGACAGGGCUCGAGGUCUGCCUAAACUAAAAGAGUCACGUUCCCAUGAGUCCUUGCUGAGCCCUUGCAGUGCGGUGGAAUGUCUGGAUCUAGGCAGAGGAGAGCCUGUAUCAGUGAAACCACUCCAUAGUAGCAUCCUUGGGCAAGACUUCUGCUUUGAGGUUACAUAUUUAAGUGGAAGUAAAUGCUUCAGCUGUAACUCCGCUUCAGAGAGAGAUAAGUGGAUGGAAAACCUUCGUAGGACAGUUCAACCAAAUAAGGACAAUUGCAGACGAGCUGAAAAUGUUCUUCGUUUGUGGAUCAUUGAAGCCAAGGACCUUGCCCCUAAAAAGAAAUAUUUCUGUGAACUGUGCCUUGAUGAUACCCUCUUUGCUCGUACAACCAGCAAGACCAAAGCAGAUAAUAUUUUCUGGGGUGAACAUUUUGAAUUCUACAGCCUUCCACCUCUUCAUAGCAUCACAGUUCACAUUUAUAAAGAUGUGGAAAAAAAGAAAAAAAAAGACAAGAAUAAUUAUGUAGGACUAGUCAACAUUCCCACUGCCAGUGUGACUGGUCGCCAAUUUGUAGAAAAAUGGUACCCAGUAAGUACCCCUACACCCAACAAAGGAAAGACAGGAGGACCUUCUAUUCGAAUUAAAUCACGUUUCCAAACUAUCACCAUUCUGCCUAUGGAGCAAUACAAAGAAUUUGCAGAAUUUGUCACCAGCAACUACACCAUGCUGUGUUCUGUCCUUGAACCAGUAAUCAGUGUGAGAAAUAAAGAGGAGUUGGCCUGUGCCUUAGUGCACAUUCUUCAAAGUACUGGCAGAGCCAAGGAUUUUCUCACCGACUUAGUGAUGUCCGAAGUGGAUCGCUGUGGAGAGCACGACGUCUUGAUUUUCAGAGAGAACACCAUUGCCACCAAAUCUAUUGAGGAGUACCUCAAGUUGGUGGGACAGCAGUAUCUUCACGAUGCACUGGGGGAGUUCAUCAAAGCUUUGUACGAGUCCGAUGAGAACUGUGAAGUAGAUCCCAGCAAGUGUUCCUCAAGCGAACUGAUAGACCAUCAGAGCAACCUGAAGAUGUGCUGUGAGCUGGCUUUCUGCAAGAUCAUCAACUCCUACUGCGUUUUCCCUCGUGAGUUGAAAGAAGUGUUUGCAUCAUGGAAGCAGCAGUGCCUGACCCGCGGCAAGCAGGACAUCAGUGAGCGGCUCAUCAGUGCCUCAUUGUUUCUCCGUUUCCUGUGCCCCGCCAUCAUGUCCCCCAGUCUCUUCAACCUUAUGCAGGAGUAUCCUGAUGACCGCACAUCUCGUACCCUGACUCUGAUUGCCAAGGUCAUUCAGAAUCUGGCUAACUUUGCCAAAUUUGGUAACAAAGAAGAAUACAUGGCAUUCAUGAAUGAUUUUUUAGAACAUGAAUGGGGUGGAAUGAAGCGCUUUCUUUUGGAGAUCUCUAAUCCAGACACCAUCUCAAACACCCCAGGCUUUGAUGGUUACAUUGAUCUGGGCCGAGAGCUUUCAGUUUUGCAUUCCUUACUGUGGGAAGUAGUUUCCCAACUUGAUAAGGGUGAAAAUUCCUUCCUACAGGCGACCGUGGCAAAGUUGGGACCUCUCCCCCGAGUUCUUGCUGAUAUUACCAAGUCUCUGACUAAUCCUACGCCAAUACAACAGCAACUGAGACGCUUCACUGAGCAUAACUCCAGUCCAAAUGUCAGUGGAAGCCUCUCCUCUGGGCUGCAGAAAAUAUUUGAAGACCCCACUGACAGUGAUUUGCAUAAACUCAAAUCUCCAAGCCAGGACAACACAGAUAGCUAUUUCAGAGGGAAGACAUUACUGCUGGUUCAGCAGGCCUCCUCCCAGAGCAUGACUUACUCUGAAAAGGAUGAAAAGGAAAGCAGCCUUCCUAACGGCCGGAGCAUCUCCCUCAUGGACCUCCAGGACCCUCACGCCGCUCAGGUGGAGCACGCGUCUGUCAUGCUUGACGUGCCUGUGCGCCUGACGGGAAGCCAGCUUUCCAUCACGCAGGUGGCCAGCAUCAAACAACUGCGGGAGACCCAGAGCACCCCCCAGAGCGCGCCCCAAGUGAGAAGGCCCCUGCACCCAGCCCUGAACCAGCCAGGCAGCCUCCAGCCCUUGUCCUUCCAGAACCCUGUCUAUCACCUCAAUAACCCAAUUCCAGCAAUGCCAAAGGCCUCUGUGGAUUCCAGUUUGGAGAAUCUAAGCACUGCCAGUUCCAGAAGCCAAAGUAACAGCGAGGAUUUCAAACUCAGCGGGCCCAGCAAUAGCAGCAUGGAAGAUUUCAGCAAACGCAGCACCCAGAGCGAGGACUUCUCCAGGCGGCACACCAUGCCGGACAGGCACGUCCCUCUUGCUCUGCCGCGGCAGAACAGCACCGGGCAGGCCCACAUCCGGAAGAUGGACCAGGCUGGGUUAGGUGCCCGAGCCAAAGCCCCGCCAUCCCUGCCGCACAGCGCUUCCUUACGGAGCACGGGGAGCAUGUCGGUGGCAUCUGCGGCGCUGGUGGCCGAGCCUGUGCAGAAUGGGAGCCGGUCCCAGCAGCAGUCCUCCUCCUCCAGGGAGAGCCCCGUUCCCAAAGUGAGAGCCAUCCAGAGACAGCAGACGCAGCAGGUACAGUCACCUGUGGACUCUGCCACAAUGUCCCCAGUAGAGAGGACAGCAGCCUGGGUGCUGAACAAUGGGCAGUAUGAAGAGGAUGUGGAAGAGACUGAGCAAAAUCAAGACGAAUCCAAGCAUGCUGAGAAGUACGAGCAGGAAAUUACGAAGCUGAAGGAGCGCCUGCGCGUGUCCAGCCGGCGGCUGGAGGAGUAUGAACGCCGCUUGCUGGUACAGGAGCAGCAGAUGCAGAAGCUGCUCCUGGAGUACAAGGCCAGGCUGGAGGACAGUGAGGAGCGCCUGCGCAGGCAGCAGGAGGAGAAGGACAGCCAGAUGAAGAGCAUCAUCAGCAGGCUGAUGGCUGUGGAAGAGGAACUGAAGAAGGAUCACGCUGAGAUGCAAGCAGUUAUUGAUGCAAAGCAAAAAAUAAUUGAUGCACAGGUCAUAAAUGGAGAUGAGAUUAUUCAAACAGGAAAAGCGGAUCGUGUCGCUGGAUUCGGCCAACACCCGACUGAUGAGCGCGCUGACGCAGGUGAAGGAGCGCUACAGCAUGCAGGUCCGCAAUGGCCUCUCCCCCACCAACCCCACCAAGCUUUCCAUCACGGAGAAUGGUGAAUUCAAAAACAGCAGCUGCUGACGGCCUUGGUGAACACACAGACUGUGGGAGGAGACAGAAGGAAAUGUCCCCGCUCUCCUGGCCCCAGCCCUCUCCCCGACCCCCCAGGUUUACAGAAUGUUGCUACUUCUGAACAGUAGAGUGGCGAGACACUCUCGAGUGAAGAAAGGAACCUUGUCUUUCAGGGCAUAAGGCUGAGACUUCCAAGGUCGAUGCUUUUCCCCCAUGUCUCUAUGUACAUAGGGAACUUAGUUCUGGGCCAUGUACAGAAAAGACCACUGUAAUAUACCCAAAGGAAGUGAAUAAUGUAGAAUACCUUUUUAAUUAUUACUAUUUUUAUUAUUGUUUUCCUCUUGUUGAAAGCACUGCGGUUGUUAGAGGAGGAAAAAGUAGGAACGAGGUGUGAGUGAGCGAUGAGCCCGCGGGCUCGGUAGGUAGAGACCAAGGGUCUGUCGGAUAGAAGCACGUGGAGUGCAAUAGGACAUCGUCAGAAUGAAUUGUUCAGGGAUUCAUCUGCCGGUCUAAAACCCCACUCUGGCCCCCUUGUCCUGUAGGAGAACGUACAAAUACCAAGAACCAACCAAAACAGUUGAUCCCACUGAUCAACCAAGACUGGUUCGGGAUGGACAGCUAAUCCGAUUUGGGGAUACACUGUUUCCGAAGACACAGAUAAGAGCUGUUGCAUCAAAACUGGACUUUAGCAGUGGUUUCCAUCGAACUCCUGUUGAUGUCUAUUUCCUUCUGUCUACAGCAGAUGGGAAUUUUCCAUUUUAGAUAGGGGGCUUUUUUUAACCCCAGUUGUAAUAAAGGGUGUUCUUUUUCCUCUUUAGAGUUUACAGAACUAUAAAUAUUUGUGUCUCUGCAUACCAUCUUCAUCUUCACAUACCCACUGCCCUUUCCUCCCCCACAGCGGGAGCAGUCUUCACCAACAGGGUUCACUCUCCUCUGGAGAGGUUGUUCAAAUAUGCUGUCCAUAAGCCAUCCAGAAUAAACACCCUUUCUUCCACACAGAAAAGGGCUAACCCUACCAUAGCAGGAAUCUCUGAAUAUUUCCUAUUUAAAAAAAAAAAAAAA